UGGGUACUACGCAAACUGUAGUUUCCAGUAUGAUUGUAUCUCUCAGGAUGACGCAGAAUGUAAACACAUCCACAGAUGGAUGAGUCUGGAGCUAAAUAAUCCUGUUGUUUUCAGAUGCACCUCUGAGGGGCUUUUUUUUCUCCAGUUGUUUGUUCUGGAUUCAAACAUGCGUUUAAUGGGUGGAAUUCAUUGGGAUGGUAACCUUGGUAACCCUCCGGCCCAAAUUACCUCUGGUUUUUCUAGUCAAAGGGAGGCGUUCUCUCCAUCACAGUAAGAGAGGGUGGAAAAUAUAUGCAAUUGUUGCUCUCAAACCUUGAGCGUGUUAUUUGAAGAGAGGAAACACCAGAUCACUAACGUUAUUGUCUGUUACUGACUCAAAUAUAAUGUUUAGACCCCCGUACAGCCUUGUUACAGGGUCCUGUGUGUUUGCUGCACUGUUUGACACUUUGAUCUGUGCUUCUGCAAAAUACAACAAAAGAGGAUGUGGUGCCUUACCACUUCCUGGUUGGCGUUUAAAACAGGCCUCACCCGUAUAUGAGUUCUUGUUUUUGUUUAAAGUCGAUUCAGAAAGAUGGUCGGUUGUGUUGUAGUUACUCGACCCUUGUAAAAAAGGUGUCUGGACCAUUUGGAUGACAUUUCAUCGGAAAGAAGAGUGAUUUCUCCAGACGUGUGGCGAGAGCUGAGUCAAAUGAAUGGCAGACCGUGGAGCUGAAGAGGAAAAGGGCGAACUAUGCAGUCGUCAGGGAGGAGAGAGAAAAAUGAUCAUUCAGUCGACAUCUUUAAAUGACCCCAAACUCAACAAACUUAAAGAGGUUUUGGUGGAAUGGAUCAACAAAACUCUGAAAGUUGAACACAUUGUGGUGCGAUCACUGGAGGAAGACCUCUAUGAUGGACUCGUCUUUCAUCACCUGUUACGCAGGUUAGCAGAUGUUCAUGUACAUGUAGAGGAGAUCGCGUUGAGCACUGAUGCACAGGUACGAAAACUAGAGGUGAUCCUGACAGCUCUCAAUGAGACCUUAGAGAUGAACGAGGAAACGGUCAAAUGGAACGUUAAACUCAUUCACAGCAGAGACCUGUUGGCUACAUUGCAUCUUCUGGUUGCUAUUGCGAGGCGUUUCCAACCUGAUCUGGUCCUGCCCCCAAACGUCAGUGUGGAGGUCAUCCAGUGUGAGGUCACAAAAAGUGGUGUUAAGGCAGACAAGCAGACAGAAUUCAUCACAUUUCAAAGUAAUUCCAGUGAAGCACUAGAGAGAGAAUCUAACAAGGAAUGUCCCAUUGAUGAGCUCUUUAAGCUGGAGGCUCACAAAAUUGAGACCGUGAAAAAGGCCAUUUUGCACUUUGUGAAUAAGAACAUGUCAUCUCUGGGAUUGAACGUGACCGACCUCGACAAACAGUUUGCAGAUGGAGUGAUUCUGCUCUUGUUGAUCGGUCAGUUGGAGGGCUUCUUCAUUCCACUCUGUGAGUUCUUCCUUUGUCCUGUCGGGAGCUCAGAAAUGCUUCAUAAUGUGACGCUUGCAUUGGAUCUUCUCAUAGACCGAGGACUUCCUGUUCAGUCAGUUGACCCUCAAGAUAUUGUUUCCCAAGAUGUUCCAGCCACUGUGAAAGUGCUGUAUUACUUAUUCAAUAGGCACAAAAACAAAUAAUCUAGCAACUCCAGACAUUUCAUUUCAAUAAAAACUUUCAGAAUGCUUUAAAUAAUCAAAUUCACUGUAAAUGUGCAUCUUUCUUCUGACUAAAAAUCAGGGCACAGAAUUGACAGUCACAUUACUUUGGCUCUCUGAGUGUUACAACACAUUAAAAGCAAUUGUAAAGAGUGUGUCUGAACCAUUGAAGAGGCUUCAGAGAGAAAAUGAGAGGACAUGGCCACUCAUCUCAUCAUGGAAAUAGCUUUUGGAUGCUGACAGCUUCAAUUUAAUGUCAUAUUUUCACUCUUCUACUUUCCAUGUUUUUUUUUCUUCUUUUGGAUAGAUGUGCAUUAGUCUUAAUGUAUUGCUCAACAGUUUUCUGCUGACUUGCAGCUUGUUUUCAAAUAAAAGUGGCAUAUAUAGCA